GUACUGCUCAGACCUAACCUUUUUUUGAAGCCCGCCUUUCGUUUAUUUGUAUUAUACACAUUUUGUUUUGUUUGUUUUGUUUUGUGUUUUUACAUUGUUGUUGACUCGUAGUUAUUAACCAUGAAAGAAAAAAACAAAUCCUUAACAAACGAUACAUCUAACUCAAACGUAACCGAUGCUUCCGGCGAUGAAGGGGACGAAACAUCCAGUGUAGGAAGCACUUCCACAACUGAUAACACAUCCAGAAGUGCAACACCAACAAACAGAUUAAGAAGAAGGAAAAGAGGAAAGAAGCGAUUAAGUGUGCAGAAAACAUUGAAACCCAUCUAUAAAUUUGUUUGUAGCAUUAAAGAAGACCAUGGGCAACCAUUAUUUGGAGUCCAGUUUAAUCACCAUUUAAAAGAGGGACAGCCGAUGAUUUUCGCGGCUGUGGGCAGCAAUCGUGUUACUGUUUACGAAUGUCCUGAAGGCGGUGGCAUCAAGCUACUCCAGUGCUAUGCUGAUCCGGAUUUGGAUGAGAACUUUUACACUUGCGCUUGGUCCUAUGAAGUGGAAUCCGGGAAACCAUUGCUGGCAGUGGCAGGUUCCAGAGGUGUGGUCAGGAUUUUGAAUCCGGCGACCAUGAGUGGUAUUAGACACUACAUUGGACAUGGACAUGCAAUCAAUGAAUUGAAGUUCCAUCCUAGAGAUCCGAAUUUGUUGUUGAGCGUGUCCAAAGAUCAUUCAUUGAGACUGUGGAACAUAAAGAGUGAUGUUUGCAUAGCGAUAUUCGGCGGAGUGGAGGGGCACAGAGACGAAGUUCUCAGCGCUGAUUUCGACCUAGUCGGUAACAGAAUAAUGUCCUGCGGGAUGGAUCAUUCGCUAAAGCUUUGGCGAUUGGAUAAGGAUGAAAUGCGAGACGCCAUCAAACAAUCCUACAACUGGAAUUCAAAUCGAAACUCGCGACCAUUCGACUCUUUAAAGGAACAUUUUCCAGACUUUUCAACACGUGAUAUCCAUCGAAACUACGUGGACUGUGUCCGGUGGUUCGGUGAUUUCGUGUUGAGUAAGUCCUGUGAAAAUUGCAUCGUGUGCUGGAAACCGGGCCGAUUGGAAGAUGAUAAUCUGAGAAAAGGGGAGACCAGUUCUACUGUCAUCCACCGAUUUGAAUACAAAGAAUGCGAGAUUUGGUUUGUGAGGUUUACCAUGGACUUUUGGCAGAAGAUUCUUGCGUUAGGAAAUCAGACAGGAAAAGUAUUUGUAUGGGAUUUGGACGUUCCCGAUCCUGCUCAGGCGCGUUGUUACACUUUACAACAUCCCCGUUGCGUGACGGCAAUUCGACAAACUAGUCUCAGUCGCAAUUCUAACAUUUUACUUUGCGUGUGUGAUGACGGGACUAUUUGGAGAUGGGAUAAGACUGCAUGAGUUUUAAUAUUUAUAAGAAUUAUUUUAUAAUCUAGAGUUAGGUUAGUCAAUAAACCAUAUUUAAAUUAAAA